UCCCGUGCCGUUUCCAUGGAUACUAUAAACUUACCACGGUCGUGCAGCUUUACAACAGGUUUCAACAAAACCUUGUGAAAUCCACAAACUACGAAAAUAAUAUACGUACUAGACGUCAAGACUAGUUUAGCAAUGUCUUGGAACUGGAACAGCCAUGGGUUACCAUUUUUACCAGGAUACACUUUUCGGGACGUAACGAAGUCAGCCUUCCAUCGCUGCCAGACACUGGACUAUAAGAAUGGCUAUGCUCUGCCCCGUCGCCCCACUGUGGGCAUUGGACAGGAUCCUCUUUUAUCAGUGCAGUUGAUCCAGCAGGAGAUGAAUGAGUUGUCCUUUGAGACACCAGACAUUACUUAUGGCUCCUAUGACCAGAGCCUAGCCGAAGACUUCAUCCCAGCUCACGUGGCCCUUGACAAGAAGGUGCUGCGCUUUUAUGCUUACUUUCAGGAAGAUAUCCUGUAUUCCCCUGAAGAGGAGUACCGCGUGCGCCCCGUGGUCAUUUACUACUACCUUGAGGAUGACAGCAUGUGCAUCAUUGAGCCCAUGGUGGAGAAUUCUGGGAUACCACAGGGGAAACGGAUCAAACGCCAGCGUCUGCCCAAGAAUGAACGUGGCGAGCAUUACCAAUGGAAAGACCUCAACCUUGGCAUGGAACUGGAGGUGUACGGGAUCAAGUACCACAUCACACAGUGUGACGCUUUUACAAAGGAAUUCAUGGAAAGUGAGGGCAUUGUUCUGAACGACUCUGAGCCGAUGCCUGUGGAUCCUUAUGGCAAACGUCGCAAACACCCUCAGCCUUCCUUCACAACACCCCCUGACUUCAAUCGCAUGCACCAGUUUUUCACCAUGGAUCGUAAGGUGCUGCAUUUCUUUGCCCUUUGGGACGACACUGACUCUCUGUACGGGGAGACCAGGCCUGUAACCAUCCAGUAUUUCCUGGUGGAUGACACAGUAGAGAUCAGAGAAGUCCACGAACCCAACAGUGGCCGGGAUCCCUUCCCUGUCCUGAUGCGCCGACAGAAGCUGCCCAAGAAAUUCAAAUCUGAGGCCUUUCCCAGCUGUGUGCUGGAGGUUUCAACAGAGGAAGUGGAUGAGUACUACUCCCCCAAAGACUUCCAGGUGGGUCAAACGAUGAAGUUGCUGGGCCGUCGCUUCCUGCUGUAUGACUGUGAUGGCUUCACUAAGGAGUAUUACCAGAAGAACCACCCUGACACGGAGGUGAAACCCGUAGAGUUGCCAAAGAAGAUUAACACGCUUCAGGAGAAGAAGAAGAAAGAGGUUCCUCCCUAUAAUGGUUUUGGUUCACUUGAAGACUCUCUCCAGAAUUGUUUGUCUUUAAUUCCUGAACCUCCCAAAAAGAACGUGCUAAAGAUGCUAGAAAACAGCCACAAAGUGUUGCGCUACAGUGCCACGCUGGACUCCCAGAAUCCCAAAGAUGAGGGCCGACAUUUCAUACUGUCCUACUACCUGUCCAAUGACAUGAUCAGUAUUUUUGAAAAGCCCACUCGUAACUCUGGUAUCAUCGGUGGCAAGUUCCUGGAGAAGACGCGCAUCCCCAAGCCGGGCUCUACAGUGGAGAACCCUGAGUUCUACUCACCUGCAGACUUUGCUAUUGGAGCCACUGUGGAGGUUUUCAGCCACCGCUUUGUGUUGACCAAUGCUGACCACUAUGUGCUGACAUACCUGGAGUCUUGCUCAAGCCAGAUCCCUUCUCAGACGCUGCAUUCUUUGCGCCAGAAGCUGGGUGGUGGGACGGCAACUAACUAGCUAGCAGACAGAAAUGGUAAAACUCAAAUCAACCAUUCAGCAACACAUGCUUCUCUAGAAUUGUCUUCUCUGGAAUAAAUUUCUUCCUGUAGGUGUAACUUUUUUCAAAUCUUGGACUUUUAUUUGGACAGUUUAUUUUCAUUCUUUAUUAGGUGAUGAUGCAGCAGAGCCAUCUUCCUGAUAUCAGGGGAAGGCUGGAUUGCCUCAAGUGUUUUCCCUCCCCACUAGACCACUAGAGUAUAAUCAAAGCCUUUGCAGAAUGUUUCUUAACUGGACCUGCUGCAGAAAAUGUGAUUUGUUUGGCUAAAUCGGAAAGGUUCUUAAAAUGUAUAAAAUAUAACUGUUUGGUGUUGGUGUGGUUGACCUCAAAAUACCCUUCUUAUAUUGGACAAAAAUAAACAUGAACACACAUGAUACUAGCCAACGGGGCCAAUUAGGGGUUCAGUAUCUUGCCCAAGUCGACAUGCAGACUGGAGGAGCAAACCGCCGAUCUUCCGAUUAGCGUGCAACACGCUCUACCUCCUGAACCACAGUCUCCCCAUGUUACAGAUGGGCAAUCAAGCAAGUUAAAAGCAUACUGUAGGUGAAGGGGGUCUACCAUGUGUGGUGCCACCCUUGGUCGAGUCCACCUGCACUACCCCAUUCAGAAUUGGCUAAACACACUGCUGUUUACAGGAUUAUGAAAGAACACUGGAAAUGUAGAAAAACUAUUCUAUUUAAUUCUGCAUGCUCUUGUCUCAAUUUACCAACUGGCAGUGCAUGCAUUUUCUGUUGCUGCAAACUAGGACAGUACAAAGGCCAACAGCUGAACAUUAUGUAUAAAAUAAAAACAGGGAAAGUGACAAUAGAGGGGUCCACACAUUAUUUCAGAAAAAUGCAUUAUUUAAUAAAGAAAUUACCAAAACAAUU